GGUAACACUGGCCGCAUAAAUGUCAGAUAAUCAAAAGGCAAUUCAACACACACUAUUUUCUUCCUUGCGCCUCUAAAAACGGUUUUAACAUAGUUAAACUGCGUUUUCAGUUAAAGAUGGAUCCUAAUUCUGUAGCUGUUCCCCACUACUGCGUAGUAAAAACUUACGAAGCAGGGCGUCCCGUGUUAACAACGGUGCCGAGUGGGUGGAUCAGCGGCAAGUAUUUGCACUGGCCCCCAAAAAAAGUGGAAUCGUUGAGGAGAGACGUCAGGUCUCAGCCAGGAGCUACAUGGUCUAAAAUGGCCUGCAAAAUAAAAAGAAGGUACAUCCCGACUUUCAAUGCGGCAGAGCAGGAGUUGGCAGAAAUGUCCGGCGUUACAACAGAUUCCGAUGUCGGAGGACCACCUGCCGUCAAGAAAAUGCGGAAAAAAGCGUCGGAAUAUGGAACUUCGUCCGGAAUGGAUUUUAACUCUCAUUUCAAAUCGAAAGAUGCUGCGGCCGAUUCUGCAACAAGUCAAGGACCGUCAGUUAAAAAUCCGAUUGUGCCGGAGGUGAUCCUUAUCGAGCCUCGAUCAUUAAACACUACAGUGCCACAAACCUUUACGAUCCCAUGGCCUGAAAAUCCAUUGGAUCUUGCCUCACAAGCUGUGGAACCGACCAACAAUGCAUCAAACAUUGUAACAAGUGUGGUCAAUUUGGAACAGAUGCGACACAUGAAACAAAUCAUCGGUACCACCGGCGACCAAUACAACGGCCAAAACGUGUGCUAUGAAUUGGUGGAUAAAUUUUUUGAUAGACAAUUCAUGACGCAAUGCUCAUGGACCGGCCAGAGCAGAACGGAUGUGCAGAAGCAUGCCAUUCAGAAUUUCAAAAAAACGCUCGAUGUAUUCUUUUCCAUCAUCAAGAGCGUUAAUGAGCAUUUCUCUCAAAAAGCCCUAAAUGAUUUCUUCAAAUCCAUUACGAGGAAUUCGAAAAAGAGGAGCGAAGCCAAGUUCUUAAGGCAGUCUGCUGUUAAGCGACGAGGGCGAAAAAAUACCAAUGUUUUGAACGCCAGUCAGAACCAACCAGAUUUCAUCGAUGCGAGCCAGUUGGUUCUGAUCAAUAAUGCUGAUGCAAAUCAACCAAACCAAACCAUCGAGAGCAAUAGUACGACUAACCCAACCGUCAUUACAAUCGUUGGGCAGAAUGGGUCUGCUGACGUUCCAAAUGAAUUUGAUGAAUUUAAUCUACGCAUGAUGCAUGGUUUGAUGAGCAGCAAUGGAUCCGGUUCAAUCUCAGAAUCAGACAGUAGCUUCGAAAAUUGACAAUCAUUAUUGCCAAGCAGAGUUUUAUUUUAGUUUUGUUGCAUAUGUUUUGUUAGUACUGCUAGUGCAGAGUUUUCGGUUUUAUGAUUAGGACGAUAUUUUAACCAAUGAAUUGUAAAUCGUCGCUACUGUUACUGUUUGAUCAUAUUUUAUCAUAAUGACACUAUGGUGCAAUCUGUGAGCAUGCAGAUUGAUAAUUUACUUCGGUUGAAGUAUAAUUUGAGUUGCUCUGAUUAUAUGUUUAAGAUAUCAAUGAUCUUGGAAAAUAAAAAAAAUCUUUUUUUUUAA